CUGAACAUCAGUCACACUCACUCAGUGGUGAUCGCAUGUGUGACGGGCAGAAGAGAUGGAUGACAUCGAUGCUAUGUUUAGUGACCUGCUGGGAGAGAUGGAUCAUCUCUCUCAGAGUCUAGAAGAAGCCACAGUUUCAUCAGGAGUGGAUGCGACUCCGCAAGAGAGCUCUUUCUCCAUCGGCUUCAACGACUUGAACGAGUCUCUGAAUGAGCUGGAGGACCACGAUCUGGACGCUCUGGUGGCCGAUCUGGAGUCAAAGUCCACCGAUCAACAAUCUUCCGCACACAAUGACAACAGCAACCCAACAAGAGAUGGAACCCCACCACCUGCCGUUCCUCAGGAGUCCGAGCCUGUGGUGACCUUUCCUGUGGUCACCACUCAGUCAUCAAGAGCCGUGAAACUGAAUGAACCCCAGACGAAGGCGGAUAAAAUUAAAGUGGCUCUGGAGAAACUGAAAGAAGCCAAAGUGAGGAAGUUGAUUAUAAAGGUGCUGAUGAGUGACAACAGCUCUAAGACGCUGAUGGUGGACGAGACGCAGACAGUCAGGGACGUUUUGGACACUCUGUUUGAGAAGACACACUGUGAGAGCAGCAUUGAAUGGAGCCUGUGUGAGACCAAUCCAGAUCUGCAGACUGAAAGGGCCUUUGAGGAUCACGAGUGUCUCGUGGAGCCGCUGUCUGCUUGGAAUCGGCACAGCGAAAACAAACUCUACUUCUUGUCAACGCCUCAGAAGUACAUGAUGUUCACAGAGCCUCAGAUUUUUUACUUGUGGAAGAAGAAGAAAUCUAGCAGCGAUAUGAAUAGCCAGGCCAAAGAGCUUCUUAUCAAGGAGCAUUUCGGAGGUUCCACUACUAUUGUCCCUAAUCUCGAGGGCGUGUUACACCUAAAAGAGGAUGGGAAGAAGGUCUGGAAACCUCGCUACUUCAUGCUUAGGGCCUCUGGGAUCUAUUACGUCCCCAAAGGAAAAACGAAGUGUUCCACUGAUCUCGCCUGUUUUGUUCGCUUCGAAAAAGUCAACGUCUACACCACCAGCAGCUACAAACAGAAAUACCGAGCUCCCACAGACUUCUGUUUCCUGUUAAAGCAUCCCUGUAUCCAGAAGGAGUCUCCCUACAUCAAGGUCCUGUGCUGCGAAGACAAACACACGCUUCUGCUUUGGGUCAACUCCAUCAGGAUUGCAAAGUACGGUGCUGCGCUGUACAAGAACUAUCAAGCUGCGGUGACAAGAGCAUCCGCUCUGCAGAUUCCCUACUCAGCAGCAUGCAAAGAGAAAUCCAACAGUGCUACCUCCCUGGAAGGCCCACACCCAAGUUCAUGAGCCAAAUUCACUGAAACUAAAUCAUCACCCGACACCUGACGUCUUCAAUCCUCCUUCUGGACAAGAAUAUCUUUGAAACAUACGAGAACUUCCUUAAGUACAGCAUCUUACCUGGAGUUUGCAUCACUUUGUAGGUCACAUUUAUUCACACCUUUGGAUAAGAUGUGGAAGAAAAUGAAGCUUACAACAGUGGCGUUCGAAUCUUUUCCUAGGAAGGCCCGAAACAUCAAGUCACAAACUGUUGGGGGCCACAACAAUUAUUUCUUUAUAUAUGAAAAUUUUAAAGACAAGUCUUGUGUGCCUUUCUUUAUUUUCAUAUUAAAAGCGAACAUCGUAGACCUAAGACAUAAGAUGGGUUGUGUAUAAUGUGUUUAUUUAUAGGAUACAAUUACAAUUUCCACAUUUUUGGGAUUAAUUUUGUAGACUGAAGGAGGCUCUGGGAGUUUUUUUUAUGCCUGCAAACUCUUAAUAUUUCUUUUGAAGCACUUUGCAACAAGGAUUAAUGUAGAAUAAUAAAUGAAGAUUGCUUGGAGUUAGUUUUUUUUUUUUUAUUUUGUCUGAAAAUGCAAUCUUGGAAGAUCAAAUGAGUGUCUGGAUAAACUGCCUUUGCUUUAUACCAAAUUUGUGGUUGGAGGAUGUUCAAAAUCACUUAGUGGGCCGCAAAUUGUCCCUAGGGCGACACUUUGGACAUUGCAGACCUCAAAUAAACCCAUUUUUAUUUGCACUGGCAUGACCUUGUAAGGUGCAAGGUCAUGCAUGUACCUCGUGGUCUAAGCAUGACCUUGUAUAUAGGUCAUGGUUGUACAAAAUCAGAGAGGAAUUUGGUGAUAAUCUCAUUUAGACUACUGUUCUUGAGAAAUCUUCUCGAUUUGCUUCCAGUUUUCUGUUGACGCUUAUUUAUCAAAGGUCCCGUUUGGAAGCAUUUUGGCUCCAUCCAGUGAUCACAGUGUGAAUGACAUAUACAUGUAAAUACGAUUCAUGAUUUUCUUCAAAUAAAAACAUGAAUUUCAGGCAGUAAGGGGUUAAGAAACAAUUAUUUAUGAAAAAAAAGUAUAAUAAGUGCAAUCACUGUGAGUCCUGAUGUGGACAUUUGUUCAACUCCCCCGUUCCAACAAGACAUCACUUCGUCUCUGAGGUUGGAUCAUAAAGAGACAGGGAUCUUUGACUCUGUACAAACUUUGUACAAACGUUUUGCCAACGUGGCCAAAAAUGUAAAGCUGAAAGUAUUUUAUGGGCCAUCAUGUUUUAUCUUAUUUUAUU